GGGACGUUUAUUGACAAUAUGGCUGCGGUGCUGGGUUUGGGUUUGUAGAAAAAUGUAAUUUGACAGCGCUCACCGGGGCAGCGAUUAUAACCCGUUUCCACCUCAGGAGUGUACGGAACAGAUGCAUUUGAAUGAAGGGAGCCGCGGAUAAACGGGACGGAGUCAGUGAGCUGAGGAAACGUCCAGAGAGUCAAACCCGUCAUGUCGUUUUUCAAGAGGAAAGCCAAAAGCAAAGAACCAGAGAGAGUGACUGAUGCUAAAGCCAAUAGAGCCCCAGCCAGCCCUAACUCUCCCUCUCUCGGCCUGAGGAACCACCAUGCAAUCCAGGAAGCAGCCGGGCCCAGUCAUGUGGCCAUCAAUGCCAUCUCGGCCAACAUGGACUCGUUCGCCCGCGGACGCACUGCCAUCCUCAAGAAGCAGCCAAGCCACAUGGAGGCGGCACACUUUGGAGAUCUCGGUCAUUCCAGUGUGAACUAUCACCCUCAGGAGACUCGCUCUCGGCUGUCAAAGACAGUAGACCAAGUCCUCCGAGACAAUGUGGCGAUACCCCACUACAUGCAUUUCAUGGACCUACGGAGUGCAGACCACCUGGUCCGCUUCUGGUUAGAGGCAGAGAGUUUCCGCUCCACCAGCUGGUCCCGGGUCCGAGCGCACAGCCUGAACUCUGUCAAACAAAGCACGCUGGCUGAGCCUGUCCCAGCCUCUCCGGACGGCUCGGAGCUCCCAGGACUUAAUGAAAAUACACCCAACGCCCUGUCCCGGGACAGCAGCAGAGAACGAUCAGCAAUGCAGUCAGAACAGCAGGACUCCCCCACCACAGACUCAGGCCUCAGACCUGGCACUCCGAGAGCAGAUACCCCAAGCAGACAGACCCCCUCCAGGACAGGGACUCCCUUCAAAGCGCAGGCAAACAGCACUCUGAGGGCCCUCUCUGACAAACUCAUGAAGAGUAUAGAGACAGAUGCAGUCACCAUCUUCACCAGGUACAUUUCUCCAGAUGCUGUGAGGCCGAUCCCCAUCACAGAGCAGAUCAGAAACGACAUUGUUGCCAAGAUCUGUGGAGAGGACGGCAUGGUGGACCCAAACUGCUUUGUCAUUGCUCAAUCGGUGGUCUGCAGCAUCUUAGAGCAACAGCACUUUACAGAGUUCCUGCGGAGCCAUCAUUUCUGUAAAUACCAGAUUGAAGUGUUGACGAGUGGCUCUGUGUUUCUGGCUGACAUCUUGUUCUGUGAGUCAGCUCUCUUCUACUUCUCUGAGUACAUGGAAAAGGAGGAGGCCAUGAAUGUACUGCAGUUCUGGCUGGCAGCUGACAACUUCCAGAACCAGCUUGCAGCUAAAAAAGGCCAGUAUGAUGGCCAGGAGGCUCAAAAUGAUGCCAUGAUCCUUUACGACAAGUAUUUCUCACUCCAGGCCACAAAUCCUUUGGGCUUUGGUGACUCUGUGCGGAUGGAGAUAGAGUCGAACAUCUGCCGAGAGGGAGGGCCGCUCCCCAACUGUUUCACCACUCCACUCAGACAGGCCUGGACCACCAUGGAGAAGGUCUACAUGCCUGGCUUCCUGUCUAGCAACCUUUACUACAAAUACCUGAGUGACCUCAUCAACUCUGUGCGGGCGGACGAGUUUGUGAAUGUCAGCACUUUGGGUCAGGGCGGGCAGGCGGACAAUGACCGGUCAAGUUCAAAUGCCAGCGAGAGCUCUCAGACUCAGCAAGGGACCAAAAAAGCAGCGAUCAAGAUCCUGAAAAACUUCGACGAGGCAAUCACGGUGGACGUUGCCAGCUUGGACCCUGAGUCUCUGUACCAGCGGCCGUAUGCUGGAAGGAUGACGUUCGGAAAGGUGAACGAGUUGGGUCAGUUUAUCAGGGAGGCCGAGCCAGAGCCGGACGUCAAGAAAUCCAAAGGCUCCAUGUUUUCUCAAGCCAUGAAGAAGUGGGUCCAAGGAAACUCAGACGAGGCUCAGGAGGAGAUGGCAUGGCAGAUCGCAAAGAUGAUCGUCAAUGACGUCGUCCAGCAGUCGAACCACGACAGCCCCGCCAAAUCAACAAAGUUAUGACCCCACUGAGAAACCAAAGGAUGGUCACUCCCUACAGACGCUGGCUGUUCACAGAGUUCACCCCGCAAUGAACUGCAAAAUGAACAAGACUUUUUAUCACCUCCCCAAGCACCAUGUGUGUGAAAGAAUGUCUGAGUGAGAGAUGAGUGAUUGUUCACGCAUGGGAUACUGGGAAAGUUGAAGUCCAUCAUUCUUCCAAUCUUCCAACUCUCUAACACUAUAAAGGUACAGGUGCUUUGCUUUAUUUUGUGUCUGUAUAAAAUAAAGCAUAGCCUGACGCUCUGAAUCAGCUGGAGGAGGUUUCUCCUGAUGAAGGAAGCAUUCAUCCUGAAGUAAGAGGAAGCAUCAUCAGUCAGGACCGUCACUGCUUCGCUUCAGCCAUGCUGUCUGAAACAUGUGAUUCUCAUGUCGGACUAAUGGAGGGUGUGACGAAGGCUGAAUGACCCUGACUCUGUCAUGACACCCCUCCCCACACCUUUUAAAACCAUUCCUUGUUUUUAGAUGAAGCCCUCUCUUUAAGGUCAGCCGCUUUAGGCCUCGCAAAUGUACAGUUUUUUUGCAAACGCUCCCCUCAGCCUGCCUGGAGUAGUUGAGUCUUCUGCUCGCUGGCUUGUGCUCUACUACCUUGAACAUUAUACGUACUGUAGAUGACUGGAAGUGUGACAGUGGCGCAGAAGAAGAGCUGAUUCGGUUCUUGGACAGGCUGACCUCCUCUAUGACCUCCUGGCACUGGCACCUUACUGUGCAUAGAAGAAGAAUUACUCCCUUAAAGAACUUAAGUGCUCCGAUUGUGUUGGAAAACUCCAGACUCCAUGUCGUAAAUGUUCUAUAAAUAUACAGUAUAAAUAUAUAUAUGUAGAUUUCUGGUUUACCCCAUAUAUUAAUGUUAGUCUUUUUUUAUGGUGAUCGCUGAUUUUUUUUAAUGCAUCACUGAAACAACCGUCAGUGGUGAGCUGACUGUUAAACUGGAAAGUGUGCUCAGUGAAAUAAAUCUUUUUUUAAAUUUGUUUUGAGCCUUACCAAGACGUGGAAAUAAAACCAGAAAAGACUCUUGGUACUAUGUACCACUAAUGUUUUCUGACAUGUAUGUGUACUUAAUCUAUAAUAUAUUUAAAUUGUGUUUGAUUUAAAUACAUAUAUUAUAAAAUG